AUGGAUCUCGUGAACUUUACGACUGUCAUCGACAAUGGGUUUUUGGAUGAGGCGCCGUCGAGCCGCGUCCUUACUGGCUGUUUCCUCUCACUGCUCAUCCUCACCACCCUGCUGGGCAACACGCUGGUCUGCGCAGCCGUUACCAAGUUCCGGCACCUGCGCUCUAAGGUGACCAACUUUUUCGUGAUCUCGUUGGCCGUGUCCGACCUCUUGGUUGCCAUCUUGGUGAUGCCGUGGAAGGCGGUGACAGAGAUCGCCGGGUUCUGGCCGUUUGGCUCCUUUUGUGACACCUGGGUGGCUUUUGACAUCAUGUGCUCCACGGCGUCCAUUUUGAACCUUUGCAUCAUAAGCCUGGACCGCUACUGGGCCAUCUCCAGCCCGUUUCGCUACGAGAGGAAGAUGACACCCAGAGUGGCCUAUGUGAUGAUCAGCGUGGCCUGGACGCUGUCUGUCCUCAUUUCCUUCAUCCCGGUGCAGCUCAACUGGCACAAGGCCCAAACUAAAUCUUACACCCCUCUGGCUGGGUCAUCUGUCUCUCUGGGAUCAAAUGCUACAUCUUACAGCAGCCUAGAGAAUUGUGACUCGAGCUUGAACAGAACCUACGCCAUCUCCACCUCUCUCAUAAGCUUCUACAUCCCCGUGGUGAUCAUGGUGGCCACCUACACCCAGAUUUACCGCAUCGCCCACAGACAAAUCAGGAGGAUCUCUGCCCUGGAGCGGGCGGCCGAAAGUGCCAAGAACAGACACGACAGCAUGGGGGGAGGCUCCAGCAUCGCAGAGUCCGAGAGCUCUUUCAAAAUGACGUUCAAGAGGGAGACGAAGGUGCUGAAGACACUGUCGGUGAUAAUGGGGGUGUUCGUGUGCUGCUGGCUCCCAUUUUUCAUCCUCAACUGCAUGGUGCCCUUCUGCGAGCAGUCGAGCGGAGGGGAGGCUUUCCCCUGCAUCAGCCCCACCACGUUUGACGUGUUCGUGUGGUUCGGCUGGGCUAAUUCCUCCCUCAACCCCAUCAUCUAUGCCUUCAAUGCAGAUUUCCGCAAGGCCUUCUCCAUCCUGCUGGGCUGCCAGAGACUGCAUCCAGGAGGCCACAACAUAGAGACGGCCAGUCUAAACAAGAAAUGA